GGGCCUCCCGCACUGUCGGAGGGCCUCGGUAGUCGGUGGGGCUUACUCCGGGACCCCGGCGCUUCCCUCCCGGAAGUGGGGGCGUCUCCACCUCCAGCCUCACGCACCCGGCGUGGGGCCGUGGGCCCGUCGCCUCACCUCUCGGAGCCAGAGUUACUGCACCUACGAAGUGGGGCAGUAGUCACAAGCCGGGCCUUCUUCCCAGGGACUGCUUUUCUGUCUCCCUGGGAUGUGCUAUGCUGUUUCCCAAUAGUCACUCAUAGCAGGCUUCCCGGGGCUGCUCAGGGUGGGUUUGCUGACCACACCAUGGCUCAGAGUGACCCACGGGGAAGUGAGAGUGCUCAGAAGGAAACAGUAGGACCUGGGAUGCUAUGCUGCUCUCCAUGAACUGGUCACUGAGUCUGUCUACCGCAGCCCUUUCUGAAUCUUUGGCUGUCUGGAAGCUCCGCUGUGCUCCUUUCCAAGAUGAAGUGCGUCUUGGUGGCCACAGAGGGCGCGGACGUCCUCUUCUACUGGAUGGACGAGGAGUUUGAAGAGAGUCUGCGGCUGAAGUUUGGGCAGUCGGAGAAUGAGGGAGAAGGGCUUCCCGCCCUGGAGGACCAGCUCAGCACCCUCCUGGCCCCAGUCAUUAUCUCCUCUAUGACGAUGCUGGAGAAGCUCUCAGACACAUACACCUGCUUCUCGACGGAAAAUGGCAACUAUCUGUACGUCCUUCACCUGUUCGGAGAGUGCCUGUUCAUUGCCAUCAAUGGAGACCACACCGAGGGCGAGGGGGACCUGCGGCAGAAGCUGUGCGUGCUCAAGUACCUUUUCGAGGUGCACUUCGGGCUGGUUACCAUGGACGGCCAGCUCAUCCGAAAGGAGCUGCGGCCCCCAGACCUGGGGCAGCGUGUACAGGUGUGGGAGCACUUCCAGAGCCUGCUGUGGACCUACGGCCGCCUGCGGCAGCAGGAGCAGUGUUUCGCUGUGGAGGCUGUGGAGCGGCUGAUCCACCCUCAGCUAUGUGAACUGUGCAUCGAGGUGCUGGAGCGGCACAUCGUCCAGGCCGUCAACUCCAGCCCUGGGCGGGCCGGCGAGGAGGCCCUACACGCCUUCCUGCUCGUGCACUCCAAGCUGCUGGCUUUCUACUCCAGCCACAGCGCCGGCUCCCUGCGCCCAGCCAACCUCCUUGCCCUCAUCCUUCUGGUGCAGGACCUCUACCCCAGCGAGAGCACGGCAGAGGACAGCGACACCCAGCCUUCCCCACAGAGGCCCCUCCGCAGCCAGAGCAUCCCCGUGCAGCAGGCCUGGAACUCUUGUUCUGCAGACCCGACCAGGAGUUCUGCAGGGACUGAGACAGACAGCCUCUCCCUCCCUGAGGAGUAUUUCACACCAGCUCCUUCCCCGGGGGAGCAGAGUUCAGGUAGCACAGUCUGGCUGGAUGGGGGUACCCCCCCCACUGAUGAUCCCCAUGUCCAGAUGGCUGAGGACACCCUCCAGACGCUGGUCCCUCGCUCCCCAGGACCCUCCAGCCCCAGAAGGAUUUUCCUGGAUGCCACCGUGAAAGAGAGCUACUGCCCCAUGGUGCCCCACACCAUGUACUGCCUGCCGCUGUGGCCAGGCAUCAACAUGGUGCUCCUGACCAAGAGCCCCAGUACGGCCCUGGCCCUGGCCCUGUACCAGCUGCUGGAUGGGUUUUCUCUACUGGAGAAGAAGCUGAAGGAGGGGCAGGAGGCCGGGAGUGCCCUGCGGUCCCACCCCCUCAUGGGGGACCUACGCCAGAGGAUGGACAAGUUUGUCAAGAAUCGAGGUGGGCAAGAGCUUCAGAGCACCUGGCUGGAGUUCAAGACCAAGGCCUUCUCCAGAAGUGAGCCCGGAUCAUCCUGGCAGCUGCUCCAGGCAUGCGGGAGGCUGAAGAGGCAGCUUUGCGCCAUCUACCGGCUCAGCUUCCUGACCACGGCUCCGGGCCGGGGAGGCCCCUCCCUGCCCCAGCACCUGCAGGACCAGGUCCAGACGCUCAUGCAAGAAAAGCUGGCAGACUGGAAGGACUUCCUGUUGGUGAAGAGCAGGAGGAAUGUCACCAUGGUGUCCUACCUGGAAGACUUCCCCGGCCUGGUGCAUUUCAUCUACGUGGACCGCACCACCGGCCAGAUGGUGGCCCCUUCCCUCAGCAGCACUGAAAGGACUUCAUCAGAGCUGGGCAGGGGGCCCCUGGCCACCUUCGUCAGAACCAAGGUCUGGUCUCUGAUCCAUCUGGCGCGCAGAUACCUGCAGAAGGGCUACACCACGCUGCUGUCCCGCGAGGGGGACUUCUACUGCUCCUAUUUCCUGUGGUUCGAGAACGAGAUGGGGUACAAACUCCAGAUCAUCGAGGUGCCUGUCCUGUCCGAUGACUCGGCUCCUGUCGGCAUGCUGGGAGGAGACUACUACAGGAAGCUCCUGCGCUACUACAGCAAGGGCCACCCAGCUGAGGCUGUCAGGUGCCGUGAGCUGCUGACCCUCCACCUGUCGGUCAUCCCCACGGACGUGCUGGUGCAGCAGGCCGGACACAAUGGGCUGGUGGCUGCGGCAUACCUGCAGAGACUGGGGGUGAACACGGCAGUCUUCGAGAGACGCCACGUGAUCGGGGGUGCAGCUGUCACAGAGGAAAUAAUCCCAGGGUUUAAGUUCUCCCGAGCAUCCUACCUCCUCAGCCUGCUACGACCGCAGAUUUACACCGAACUGGAGCUGAAGAAACACGGGCUGAGGCUUCAUCUUCGAAACCCCCACUCAUUCACACCUAUGCUGGAAGAGGGCACAGCGGGCAAGGUGCCCAGGUCCCUUCUGCUGGGCACAGACAUGGCAGAAAACCAGAAGCAGAUCGCCCAGUUCUCACGGAAGGAUGCCCAGGCCUUUCCCAAAUAUGAGGCCUUCAUGAAUCGCUUGGCGUUAGCCAUUGACCCUCUGCUGGACGCAGCCCCAGUGGACAUGGAGGCCUUCCAGCGGGGCUCCCUGCUGCAGAGGCUCAAGUCGCUCUCCACCCUCAAGCCCCUGUUGCAGGCGGGUCGCAUCCUGGGAGCCCAGCUGCCCCAGUAUUACCAGGUCCUCACAGCUCCAGCUGUCAAGGUGCUGAAUCAGUGGUUUGAGUCUGAGCCUCUAAAAGCUACUUUAGCAACAGAUUCUGUGAUUGGAGCCAUGACAAGUCCCUACAUUCCGGGGAGUGGGUAUGUGUUACUCCAUCACGUGAUGGGGGGUCUGGAGGGGAUGCGGGGGGCCUGGGGCUACGUCCAGGGUGGCAUGGGUGCCCUCUCCGACGCCAUCGCAAGCUCAGCCACCGCACACGGAGCAAGUAUCUUCACUGAAAAGGUGAACAGCCCCUCUACCCCACCCCAAUUUUUGGCAAGGAUCUUAGAAUAGAACAAAUUAUCGGAUUUGGAGGGUCCCUCAUUUUACUGAUGGACAAGGCCUGGCUCAGGAUCGAGGAGCUCGGGCUCUGCAGCCUGUACUGCUGUGAACCAGGUCCCAGUUCUUCUGCCUACCCCAUUUGAAUUCACAGCCACUAUCCCACGUUUGGGCUGAGCCUUUGCAUUGGAGGGGUGGGCUAACGCCUCACCAGGAGCUGCAGAGAAUCGGGGCCAGGGCUGAUGAGGCUGUGAGGGCCUAGGAGCAGCAUGGACAGCGGAAAUCCCCCAAGACUCACCCUGCACUUCCCUGCCCGGGGACCCUGGGGGCUCUUUCCCGUGGCUUUAGACAGUGGCUAAGGUGCAGGUGAGCAGUGGAGGGCGCGUUCAAGGAGUCGUGCUGCAAGACGGCUCGGAGGUAAGGAGCAAAGUGGUGCUGUCCAGCGCGUCACCGCAGAUCACCUUCCUGAAGCUGACACCACAGGUGAGGCUGGGGGUGGAGGUGAGAUGUCUACCUGGGGUUGGAAUGUGGAGGGAUGAAGGGGACCAGGGCUGCAUCAGGGUGGGAGAUGUGAGUGCCAAGUCUCUCCGGAUGUGGGGAAAUCUGUCUUCUCUCCUUACCUAACGGGCAGGGAGCAAACAGCAAAGAAGCCUCACAGGUGAGGGGAAAGGUCCGGGGACGUGAGGUGACCGAGGCCAGGCAGUUAGCAAUCGGCAGAGCCAGAGCUAGAACUCAGGUCUGACUUUCAACCCAGGGUUACUUCUACAGCUUUCCUGCUGUCCUGAUUUCUCCCCUCUAACCAGCUCUAAUUCCACUGUUUGUGUCAGUGAUCUGUUGCCACAUGAAUGCUGCAUAACAACCACACAGCUUCUGGGCAUAUCAAGAAAUACGGAUUUAGCACACAGAGCGGUAGAAAUCAGUUGAUCUUGGCUGAGUUCAAGUGAUUUGGGCUCACUCAUGCACUCCUCCAGCAGCUGCGGGUCACUAGUGGGCCCUGCUGAUGGCUGUGGCUAAUCGAGAGGUCUCUGUCAGAAUGUCCAGGAUGACUCAGCUCUGCUCCAUGUGUCUCUCAUCCCCAGGCACGGUAGUCCAGAUCUGGCAAAAGGCAAAAUUGAGCAAACUCAGUCACGCAAGUGCUUCUGUUUGCAUCCUAUUUGCUAACAUUAGCUUUGUCUCAUGGCCAAGCUCAGUCACAGUGGGAGGGCAAUAAAAAGGGGUGUGCAUACAAGGAGGGUUGGGGACUUGGGGCAGUUUUUGCAAUUGAUCACACCUUCCCUGUCCCCCAAAGAUAUGAUAAUAUGUGUAUGAGCAUGGAGCUCCCAGCGAUUUGGGGAUUAUUCUUGGGGACAAGGCACCACUUUUUCUGAGUGAUUCCACUAAUCAAAUUCAGCAAACAUCAGUUCAAAAGCAUCUUGAGACAAUUUUGAGAUCAUCAAGACUUCCAAGAGCUUACAGACCAGAGGUGAAAGACGCUGCAGCCCACGGGCCAUAUCCAUAGCAGGAGCUGGUGUGGGCCAUUUACAGCCAGGACGCUGGCAGACUGCAAAGGAAGAAGUGGUUAGCGCUGAGCUGGAGGGGUCCAGGAGGGCUUCACAGAGGAAGUGGUUUGGCCGAGCUCUGAGUGAGGGAGAGGGUCUCCAGCAGUACAGGUUGAGGGAUCAGUCUGAGCAAAGGAGUAAAGCAGCCCCCUUGGGGCCUUGGCCACCCCCAGGGUAGAACCUUCUUCUUUCAGGAGUGGCUUCCUGAGGAGUUCGUGGAGAGAAUCUCCCAGCUGGACACCCAGUCGCCUGUUACCAAGAUCAAUGUGGCUGUCAACAGGCUGCCUGACUUCCUGGCGGCCCCCAAUGCUCCCAGGG